UUGUCUAUCUCCUAUCACUAUGGUCGCCAUACUGCCACGCAAUGACAACGAUUGGAGUCUCUCGCUCCGCAAGCCAGCCACAAGGUUAAGAGUCAUCAUUGUCGGUGCCGGAGUUGCUGGUCUGAGUGCCGCUAUUGGUAUCAAACGUGCUGGCCAUGUCCCUAUUGUCCUCGAACGAACAAAGGCCAUCGCCGAGGUAGGAGCCGGUAUCCAGCUUGCUCCGAACAAUAUGAGAAUCUUGAAUCGUUUUGGUGUCUUGCCUGAGAUCUUGAGGUACACUACCCUGCUGGAGAGGACCUCGAUACGACGAUGGAAGGAUAAUGAGGAGCUUGCCAGUGCCCCUCUUAUGCCUGACCUGCAACGUACUCUACUCGAGCAUGCCAAGAUGGAAGGAUGCGACAUCCGUGUCAACUCCAGGGUCAUCAAGGUANNGAACUUCGAGGCUGGAGUCCAGCUCAAAGAUGGUUCCUGGGUACGAGGUGAUCUCGUUAUCGCUGCUGAUGGCAUCAAAUCCAACAUUCGCCGUCAGAUCGCUGCUCAUCACAAACACGUCGAUCGAGCUACUCCAACUGGUGAUGCCGCAUACCGCAUCGUGAUUCCUAGAGAGAGGAUGCAGCGCGAUCCCGAGACUUUAGACAUGAUCUCCCAGAACGCUGCCAUUCGAUGGAUGGGUCCUCAUGGACAUAUCGUCGCCUACCCGGUCAAGAAUAACAACGUAUACAACAUGGUCUUAAAUUCCACUAUCCAGAAGCUUCUAUCAUACGUACCCGAGAACGAGGUCAUAGAAUGGACGCUCAACUCACACCGCCCCUUGCCAUCCUGGCAUCAGAAUAAAGUUGUCCUCGUGGGUGAUGCCUGUCAUCCCAUGCUCCCAUAUCUAGCUCAAGGCGCUGCUCAAGCAAUCGAAGACGCCGGUGUCCUCCAAGUCGUCCUCAACAAAUCAUCCACAGAUAUCGGUCUAGCCAUCAAGAUCUACGAACAAGUUCGCAAAGCCCGUGGCGAAGCCGUACAAGCCUCAGCAUCAGAAGUCCGUACGGCUUUGCAUCUUCCCGAUGGCCUUGAACAGAGAGAACGUGACGACAAGAUCCGCUUGGCUGGUCAAGACAAGGAUAUGCAGCAGUGGCUCUGGGGCACUGAUAUCAUGAAGGAGACGCUGUUGAAGUGGCCAGAGUGGAGAGCCAGGGUCAAGGGCACUCAUUCAUCCUCGCUAAAUGCAGUAGCAUAUUCUUGG